AUGCUACGCCGCAUCGAGAGCCUUGACGGCAAGUACAAGAGCUACGCCACAGUGAUGGCAGACCACGCCGAGGCCGCCGCCAAAGCCGCCGAAGCCGAGAUUGCGGCUGGGCAAUACCGCGGUCCCCUUCACGGCGUACCCUUCGCCGUCAAAGACCUCUGCUUCACAAAGGGCGUUCGCACUAUGGGCGGCAGUAAGGUGUACGCCGACCACAUACCGUCAUUCGAUUCGACGGUGGUCGUCAGGCUCAAUGCGGCCGGGUCAGUGCCGCUGGGCAAGCUGAACCUCACCGAAGGCGCGAUGGGCGGCUACAACCCGGCGCUGAACCUGCCCUUGAACCCGUGGAACACCGCGCAUUGGGCUGGGUCGUCGUCCAGUGGUUCGGGCGUGGCAACGGCAGCGGGUCUGUGCUUCGGCUCUCUGGGCAGCGACACGGGCGGCUCCAUACGCUUCCCCGCCGCCGCCUGCGGCACUGUCGGACUGAAGCCCACCUGGGGGCGUGUGAGCCGUUACGGAGUGCUCGCCCUUGCCGAAUCCCUCGACCAUGUUGGCCCGCUCACCCGCAGCUCAGCCGACGCCGCCAUAGCGCUUCAGGCUAUCGCCGGACACGAUCCCAGCGAUCCCACAUCACUACCCGCGCCCGUGCCUGACAUGCUCGAGGGCAUUGACGGCGGCGUCAAAGGCGUUCGUAUAGGGCUGGACGAGAAGUACGCAACCGACGGCGUUGACCCCGAGCUUGCCGCUGCGGUACUCGCCGGCGUCAAGGUUAUGGAAGAGUUGGGCGCGGAAAUCGUGCCGGUGCAGAUGCCCGAUGUGGACAGCUACCUGUCCGCCUGGCCCGUGCUCUGCUCUGCAGAAGCCGUCGCCGCGCACAAGGAGAACUACCCCUCGCGCCGCGAAGACUAUGGCCUCUGGUUCCGAGGCUGGCUAGAUAUGGGCGCGGGCGUAACCGGCGCCGACUAUGCUGCCGCCAACAACCGCCGCGCCGAACUCAACGGGCUUAUCCGCGACGCUUUCCACGACAUAGACGCGCUCGCAUGCCCAUCCGUGAUGGGGCCGGCGCGCGCCAUUACUCCCGAAGAGAUGUACGGCCCUAUGAGUGGAGACAGGGGCACGUCCUUCCAACGCUACACCGUACCCUACGAUUACAACGGCGCGCCCACGAUAUCGCUGCCAUGCGGACUCAGCGGCGAUGGGCUGCCCCUGAGCCUGCAAUUCGUAGGCAAGUCCCUGUCCGAACCGAUGUUGUGUCGCAUCGGCCACGCCUUUGAGCAGGCGACCGACUGGCACAACCUGCAUCCACCGAUUGACGACGACGGGAGUUAG